GUCUGAGUAUAAAAAGAUUCCGCGGCCCAGGGCGCACUGGGAGUUGCCAAUCUAGUCUGUCCUUCUCCUUGUCCGCGGGUCCAGCUCUCACCCACGCAGCCAUGGCGUCCGGUAGUGCGCACAUCGGGAAGCCCGCCCCGGACUUCACGGCCACUGCUGUGGUGGACGGCGCCUUCAAAGAGGUCAAGCUCUCGGACUUUAGAGGGAAGUACGUGGUCCUCUUCUUCUACCCGCUGGACUUCACCUUCGUGUGCCCCACAGAGAUCAUUGCAUUCAGCGAGCAUGCUGAGGACUUCCGAAAGCUGAACUGCGAGGUGCUGGGGGUGUCCGUGGACUCACAGUUCACCCACCUGGCUUGGAUCAACACCCCCCGUAAGGAGGGAGGCUUGGGCCCCCUGAAUAUCCCCCUGCUUGCUGACUUGACCAGAAGCUUGUCUGAUAAAUAUGGAGUGCUGAAAAGUGAUGAGGGUAUCGCCUACAGGGGCCUCUUCAUCAUCGAUGGCAAGGGUGUCCUUCGACAGAUCACUGUGAAUGAUUUGCCCGUGGGGCGCUCUGUGGAUGAGACACUGCGGCUGGUCCAGGCCUUCCAGUACACAGAUAAACAUGGGGAAGUCUGUCCUGCUGGCUGGAAGCCCGGCAGCGAUACAAUCAAGCCCACUGUGGAUGACAGCAAGGAAUACUUCUCCAAACACAACUAGGCUGGCAGAUAGGGAGUGAGCUUGUGUUCUUGGGUCACACCUGUACCUCUACCUGGCUGUCCAUGCUGGCCCAGGGAUGACAGACCUACCCCUCCAAACUCCAUGGCCUGGGUGAAGACUGGAGGGCUUGGCCAAGGCUUUCUGGUCCUCCACUGGGAUCUGGUGACAAGUGACCCUUCCCUGGGGCCCACCCCACUGGCACAGGUCUGUAGGUAACCAAUAAAGUAUUAGGGAAAGAUAAGAGUC